UGUAUAAAUAUAAACAUGAUAAUAAUGUGUAAAAAUUAUAGUAUCAUCGUAAAUUCUGAUAAUUAUUGCUAGAUAACUUUGGUUGGGAAGGUGAGAAAGAAAAAAAAUUUAGUGACAAACAUAUGCUGUAAGAAGCCGGUGAAGGUUCAGGUAAUGCAAUUGAUUGCUAAAAUGGAGGUCACGUUUUAAUAAGAUGGGUUUAGAACACAGCUACUACUAGAGAAGAAAUUAUAUUGACAAGAAUAACUUAAACGUGAGCUAUUCAAAAAUAUAACGAAACUUGAAUGAAUAUGUAGUACUACAGUAUAUUGUUAGACACAAGUGGACUGGGUUAGUGAAUAGAGCAAGACUUGCUAGUUUUCGUUGUAUGAAAAAUUGCUUUGCAUUUAACAAAGUUAUGAAGAACUUUUUGACUUGGCGAUUUGGAGUCGUAAUUAGUUGUGGAGUGACAAUGGGAGUUGUUUUAAUAUUUUUGAAUCACAUAAAAAAGCCAAAAAAGAAUAAAAAAAAUCCAGAUAAGAAAAAUAAUAAAACUUUUCCAACACAACCAAAGCGAAUAGUGACAUCAAAUCAAAUACUAGAAUUGCCCUAUCCACGGUGGAAAAAAGUUGGAAAAGUAAAAGAACUAUAUUUUUAUCCGCUCAAAUCAGGCCGCGGGAAAGAACUUUCUGAAUGUCUGUUUACAGAAUGUGGCAUUGCAGUUAAUAAUAAAGGAGUUCUUACUCUCAAAGACAGAAUGUUUUUGAUCUACAAUGAAGAGACUGGUAAAUUUAUAACUAGUAGAGUCUAUCCUACAUUGAUUCUAGUUAGUCUUUCUGCUGUUAAUGAAUCUAAAGUAAAGCUAGAAGCAGUGGGAAUGUCGACAUUAAUUUUUGAUAUCCCAGAGCAGUCAGCUACAAAGAACUAUGUAACUUGUUCUAUGUGGUGGAAUGAAAAAGUAAAAUGUAUCGAUUGUGGAGAUGAAUCUGCUAAAUGGAUAUCUGAAUUUCUCACUGGAACAAACUCUGGUUUAAGAGUUGGUUUGUCUUCUCUAGAUCAAAGAAAUAUACUUAAAGGACCGUGGGAAAAAUUUACUAAAGUUUACGAUAAAAUAACAAAUGAUGACGUGGGAUUGUUUUCUGAUCUAUCGAGCUACAUGCUUUUAACCGAAUCCUCUUUAGAGGAAUUGAAUAGAAAACUGGAAAAUCCUGUUUCUUCUCUUCAAUUAAGACCAAACAUUGUAGUGUCAGGCUCGGAAAGUUUUGCUGAAGAUAACUGGGAGUGGAUUAAAAUUGGUGAAAGUGCUGUAAUUAGAAACAUAAAACCUUGUCCAAGAUGUUCAAUGAUUCGAGUAGACCCUGACACUGGGAAAAUCGAUAAAGAAGAACCUACUAAGACAUUAAAAACAUUUCGUGAACAAAUCGACAAAGAAAAAAUAAAAGUUGAUGGUACCGCCCCAAUUAUGGGGAUUUAUUGUGGUCUUUACGUCAGUGGACAUGUCAAAGUUAACGAUGAUGUUUUUGUCCAUGUACCACAAACUAUUCGUACAACACAAUUGUGAUUUUCUAUGUUAAAUAUGAAUAGAUUAAAAAAUAUUUA